CGAAAGGGACUAAACGGAAUAGAAAAGGAAAGAAUGAACUCACAACGGUCACUCUGAUACUGAGAUAAAAGGAUGAUAAAUAAAAAUGUGAAGAAAAUCAAACAUUGCAUUUGAACUGUUUAACAAAAUCCUUAAAAAAAACUUUCCUUGUUUGCUGCCUGUUAAAGGCAGAAUAUCACAUUUCUGUUCCAAACAUUGUUAAAUUAAGAAGUUUAAAAAAAAAGUUUUCUUAAUAAAUGAAAGAAUCCACGUGGAAUCUGGUCCUUCUGGUUAAAAUCUGUAAACUAGUAUUUGCAUCCACUAUUCUACACCAUAAAGAAAUGAGAACAGGAACCUGCUUGACAUUAAUCCAAAUUUAAUGUUGAAUUUUAAAUUUUAGUCCUGGUGGUUUCAUUCAGCAGAGUGUUAACUUGUUAAACUGAAUUGGAGAAGUGAAAGUUUUUAUAACAAACUUCAAUUAAUUGUGCCGGAAAAGAUUCUGAUUCUGUACAAAUAAAUACAUAUAGCAGUUAAAUUAGCUUUAUUUAUUUAUUUGAACUCUGUGUUUAAAGUUUUUUAAGACAAUAAUUAUCUGUGGGGAUGUACAGACGGUUGCACGAUGGUGCAGUAGAUGGCGCUUUUGCUUCUCAGCGAAAAGUCCCUGGUUAAAAUCCUGGUUGGUUCACUUCAGUGUAGAGUUUGCAGAUUCUGUGCAUGCACAGACGGAGUGAUGACUACAUUACUUCUACUGUCUGAGGAGAUUAUUGUCUCCACUCUGCCAGAAGAUCAGUUGUCAUAGUGGAGGGGCAUUCCAGUUGGGGAGGGGGUGUUUAUUUUAACCCACAAACAUGACCCCCCCCUCCUUUAUCUGUAGCUGUGUGUAAUUGUGUCCCAGUUCAGACUGUAUUUCUGUUUCACCGAAGAGGACAAAAGUGCACAGAAGGAACCUUUCGAUGGGAAAUUACAAAUCCAGACCAUCGCAGACGUGUACAGAUGAAUGGAAAAAGAAAGUGGCCGAGUUCUACUCCGUGAUCAUGGAGAAGCUGGAGGACGACUUCCAGCUUCCAGAAAGCCAGCUGCCCGACCUUGAGCUCGCCUUCAGCUCUGAUGAGGCUUUUCAGAAGGUGAACGUGAGCUACAGGACAGAGAAGGGGCUGUCGCUGCUGCAUCUCUGCUGCGUGUGUGGAGGGAGCAAAGCCCACGUACGCACCUUGAUGCUCAAAGGUUUGCGUCCGUCAAGACUGAGCAGGAACGGCUUCACCGCUCUCCACCUGGCUGCUUUCAAGGACAACGCUCAGCUGGUGACGGCCCUCCUGCACGGCGGAGCCGAUGUGCAGCAGGUGGGGUACGGCGCCCUCACAGCCCUGCAUGUGGCCACGCUGGCAGGGCAUCAUGAGACAGCAGAUAUACUCCUACAGCAUGGAGCCAAUGUCAAUGUUCAGGAUGCUGUGUUCUUCACCCCAUUGCACAUUGCCUCAUAUAAAGGUCACGAGCAGGUGACGAAGCUCCUGCUGAAGUUUGGAGCAGAUGUGAACGCCAGUGGGGAGGUGGGGGACCGGCCGCUCCACCUGGCCGCAGCCAAAGGUUUUCUCGCCAUCGUCAAACUGCUGAUGGGUGAUGGAAGCAAAGCUAACGCCAAUGCCCAAGACAACGAGGAUCACGUGCCCCUCCACUUCUGCACACGCUACGGUCACCAUGAGAUCAUCCGUUUUCUUCUGCAGGGAAACUUUGACAUUCAACCUCACUCUGUCAACAUCUACGGAGACACGCCCCUCCACCUGGCCUGCUAUAAUGGCAAAGUGGCUGCAGUGAAGGAACUCGUUCAGCUUUCUGGUCCAGAGAGUCUCCCAAAAGAGAACAUAUUCAGCGAGACGGCGCUCCACAGUGCGUGCACCUAUGGCAAAGACCUGGAGAUGGUGAAGUUUUUGUUGAACCAGAAUGCCAUGAGCAUCAACUAUCAGGGCAGAGACGGACACACAGCUUUGCACAGCGCCUGUUUCCACGGCCACAUUCGCUUGGUGCAGUUUCUGCUGGACAGCGGGGCGGACAUGAACCUGGUUGCCUGUGAUCCAAGCCGGUCCAGCGGGGAGAAGGACGAGCAGACUUGCCUGAUGUGGGCCUACGAGAAGGGUCACGAUGCUAUUGUGACUUUACUGAAACACUACAAGCGUCCAGAUGAUUCUCCAUGCAAUGAGUACUCUCAGCCAGGAGGAGAUGGAUCCUACGUUUCCGUUCCGUCUCCUUUGGGAAAAAUCAAAAGCAUGACUAAAGAAAAAGCUGAAGUUCUGGUGCUCAGGGCCAGCCUCCCUUCUCAUUUCCACCUCCAGCUGUCUGAGCUGGAGUUUAACGAAAUCAUCGGAUCUGGCUCCUUUGGGAGGGUCUACAGAGGCAAAUGCAGAAACAAAAUUGUCGCCAUAAAACGCUAUCGAGCAAACACCUACUGCUCAAAGUCAGAUGUGGACAUGUUCUGCAGAGAGGUUUCCAUCCUCUGUCGCCUCAAUCACCCCUGCAUCAUCCAGUUCGUCGGGGCGUGCCUGGAUGACCCCAGCCAGUUUGCAAUCGUCACCCAGUACAUCUCUGGGGGCUCCUUGUUUUCCCUGCUGCAUGAGCAGAAGAGACUCAUCGACCUGCAGUCUAAGCUCAUCAUUGCCAUCGAUGUGGCCAAGGGCAUGGAGUACCUGCACAACCUCACCCAGCCCAUCAUCCACCGGGACCUGAACAGUCACAACAUCCUGCUAUAUGAAGACGGUCAUGCUGUGGUGGCUGAUUUCGGGGAGUCCAGAUUUCUACAGUCGGUGGAUGAGGAUAACAUGACCAAGCAGCCCGGGAACCUGCGCUGGAUGGCUCCUGAGGUCUUCACGCAGUGCACGCGCUACUCUGUGAAGGCAGACAUGUUCAGCUACGCCCUCUGUCUGUGGGAGCUGCUCACGGGAGAAAUCCCCUUUGCUCACCUGAAACCAGCUGCUGCAGCUGCAGACAUGGCUUACCAUCACAUCCGGCCUCCGCUGGGAUACUCCAUCCCCAAACCCAUCUCUGCUCUUCUCAUGAGGGGCUGGAACUCCUGCCCAGAGGACAGACCUGAGUUUUCUGAGGUGGUUUCCAGUCUGGAGGAAUGUCUGUGCAACGCCGAGUUCAUGUCUCCAGCCUCCAGCAACAGCAGCGGAUCCCUCUCGCCCUCCUCCUCCUCUGACUGCCUCCUGGCACGAGGAGGACCCGGCCGGAGCCACGUGGCGGCCCUGCGCUCCCGCUUCGAGCUGGAGCAUGCCCUCAAUACCCGCGCCUAUGCCUUCUGGACUCAGAGUGAGCGUCGCCGAGCUUCAGGUGGGCUUUCAUUGGAGGAACUCCGAAGAAACAUGCAGUUCUCUCCCAUCGAUCGAAAUGGAUAUGUGUCCGACCCCAUGAGCACCAUGAGAUUCUGCUCUUCCUUCAGCAGCAGCGGCAGCUUCGAAGACAGCAACUAAUCUGCAAAACCAACUUUUUUUGUAGUGCUUUUAUGAACAUGUGAGGUGAUGAGUGCAUCUGUUUGGAGUAUUUGGUUGUAAAACGAUUGUAAAUUGUCUGUUUUUAGGCUAAUGGUGUAAAAGAAAUGGUUGUUUUUGAGCAGGAAAAGGAAGGAAGUCACUCUGCUAAUAUUCUUUUAUUUUUUUAGGUCAAAUCACACAAGCUGUUGAUUACAUAAAAAGAAAGAAGCUCAACAAACCUAAACAAACUAAAAAUUCAUUAAAUCAAUGAUAAAAAUACAUAAUUCAUCAACGUUUGAGCUGAGGUAGUGUUAACAUGAAACAACCCCCUUCAGGCUCCGCCCCUGCGAGUAACUCGGUCAGAGCGCUGACUGACUGGGAUGGUCCAGAGGAGUUUCAGUUACGAGCAUCAGGAGAAGCUUGGGUGCUAGGAUCCAAUGGGUGUAAAUGUAAAAUGUACUAGAAGGAGACUAAAGACGUGGGAGUCCGCCAGCCAUGAAUUAUUCAGUCACCUGUAAGCGUGAGCGGCAUCUGGUUCCACGUGGAAGUGAUAGCAGCAGUACCCGAUACCUCCAUAGUGUUAUUAACAGUAGGAGUUGGUCUGUUGUAAACAUUUUAUGCAGCUGUCAGACCUGAAUCUGCAGCGCAUCUUUUUAAUAAAGGAAGUUUGGGAUGAAUUCCAUCGAUUAAAAA